CUCCUUGAUGACAGCCUGAUGUCCUGGGAAAUUUCCAUGUCCUGGGAGACUUCUGACACCUUCACCCUGCUCAGGAACGUGCGUUGCAUAAGAACACUCAACAGCAUCCAGGAGACCAUCUUGGACAUAUUUGACAUCCUUUCCAGUGAGAAAGAAGUGGAUCACCCCCUGUGUGAGGAGUGCACCAACAACCUUCUAGAGCAGCUAGACACCCAAAUAAUGGUCACAGAAUCUGAGAGUCAGAUGUACAGAUGCUGCUUGGAGACCAGGGAGCUGACAAUGUGUGAGGACGAGAUGGAGGCGUUGCAGAUGGAGCUGAAGAGCCUGGAGCUGGAGGAGGCGAGGCUGGUCCAGGAGCUGGAUGAUGUGGAGAAGAACUGGAAACAGGCAGCAGGAGAUCUCGAGGCAGCCCAGGCAGAGACUGAGAAACUGGACCAGCAGGAGAAGCAGUCCCAGAGGGACUACAGCGUCUUGAAACAGCAACAACUGGAAUUGUUUGAUGAGCUGAUGAGCUUGGAGAACCGGCUGCAGUAUGCCCAGAUCCAGCUGGGCCGGCUGAUGAAAACCAACAUCUUCCACAUGACAUUUGAUAUCUGGCAUGAGGGCCCCUUGGGCAUCAUCAAUAACUUCAAGUUGGGCUGCCUCCCCACUGUCCCUGUGAGCUGGAGUGAGAUCAACGCUGCUUGGGGGCAGACAGCUCUGCUGCUCCUUGCCCUGUCCAAGAAAAUGGGACUGGAAUUUAAGAGGUUUCAACUUGUCCCCUGCGGAAAUCAUUCAUAUCUGAAGUCUCUAACAGAUGACUCCGUUCAGCUGCCAUUGUUCCAUUACAGGGAGCAGAGUGUCUUCUUGGAUAAGUUUGACCUUGCAAUGGUGGCUUUCCUGGACUGUUUGCAGCAGUUAAAGGAAAAGGCUGAAAAAGGGGGUCUCCGCCUGCCCUACCGGAUCAUUGUGGAGAGGGGCCAGAUGGAAGACCCCGGAGACAGAGGUGAAUACUACUCCAUCAAGACCUUCUUGAACACUGAGGAGCAGUGGACAAAGACGCUCAAAUUUAUGCUUGUAAAUUUGAAGCGCGUUCUCACUUGGGUCUCCCAAAGGUAACGUCAAAAAUGA